CCACCCCGGGGCGCAGGCGCAAGGGAAACGAGGUAAAAGGAUUAGGGGCUCCCCAGGCUGCAGCCCGCGCCGGGCGUCACCGCCUAAACUCCGCCUCUCUGCGGCGCCUUCUAAAUGCGUGCUUCCGCCUACUUUCCCCCUCUUCUGCUCGCGUCCGCCAUCGAGUGCGUGCUCUAACCUUCAAGUCAAAUCAUGUCUUCUCACAAGACUUUCAGGAUCAAACGAUUCUUGGCCAAGAAGCAAAAGCAAAAUCGUCCCAUUCCUCAGUGGAUUCGGAUGAAGACUGGUAAUAAAAUCAGGUACAACUCCAAGAGGAGACACUGGAGGAGGACCAAGCUGGGACUAUAAGGAAUUGCACGUGAGCUUCAGCAAAUUUAGCCAUCGGAGGUCUCAAGAUAUUUUUCACUAGUGAUUACAAUGUGAUAAGCACUAAUGGGUCAACAAUAAAUAUUGGAAACCUUUUGAA